GUUGCAGUGAGUGUAGUGCUAGCUCUUAAAGGGUGGGCUAUUCUAUCGAACCUCUUCACCUGCUCAUUUCGGCAGGCGUCCUCUCAACCACAUUCCUCGAUAAUCUGUUGGAUACCCUAAUUCGCUACGCCCUCGUCUUCGGUUUCUUAUUGCGCUCAAGUCUUUCAGGCAUCCUCAUUUGGUCGUCAACAGAAAAGAAAAUGUUGGACUUACAAACCCUUUCCACCACCGAGUCAGUUGGCAAAACAAACUCUUUGUCCCGCAAGAAUUCCUUGCAGGAGAAAUUCGGUGCACUCCGGGGAGCAUUGGGCAGGAAAAGAUCACUGAACAAUUUACUACCAGCACAAACCGGCUCAUCAUCUGGGGCACCCUUUUUUGAUGAACCCUCAAAUGGAGCACUGACGAUGGACUCUGGAAUUAGUAUGCGCGGAUCCAGCAAUGGUAAAUUGGCCUCGUCGACAAGUGGGUCGACAACGUUACCACCACUUGCAGGCAUCAGGAAGUCAAGGAGCGAUGCCAGAAUGUCCGGUUCUGGUGAGCUGGAGGGAACUCCUAAUGCCUCACCGCAGCAGCAGACACAUCAAUCAAGCGGACAAACCACUUUGACCAGGGCACAUUCGGCUGGGAAGAAUCAAAUGAAAGUGCAGAAGGCCGUCUCCAUUGAUGUAUCUGGUGGAGAUAUUAGCAAGCAGGUGCUUUCUGCGAAUUCUCCUGGAGACCGGAUGUCCCUCAAGUCACUUUCCCUUGGCCGUCCCAAAUCUGGACUAUCAAAGAGCAAGGGAACCCAUGUGUCCAUGCCUACUGGUCUUCAGCAACCGAACGAAUUACGAACCGCAAAGUCCGCUGCUCAGAUAUCACAACCAAUCUACGAGGACUCUGCAUCGCAGGAAGCCCUGGAUCAAGUCUCAGAACUUAACGUUAAUAAUUCAUCUUCAGCCUUCACAUCGCCCGUGAGCGGUAGUGUUGAUUCGCUUGGCUUGACGGCGUCGAACACCAACGUAGGCGUAGUUACUUCUAUACAGCUCGGCACCAAACACGCCAAAUCUCUUCCCAAGAUCAGUACACUAUUCACCAAACUUCCCAAGAAAUCCCGUGCUUCCAGCGCAACACCAGGCUGCGACGCCAACCUCACUUCCCCUGUUUCUCCUCUUGCCAGCAUUGGCCAGCUCACAACUAAUCAACGCAAGGGUACCCUCUCUGCAUACGAAAUCUCACCUUCCACCACUGCGCCGGGUCUGCACCGUGAUUACCAUCUUGAUGACUUUCACAUCGUGCGUCGAGUCGGUAAAGGCGGUUUUGCGAAUGUAUUCUUGGUGCGCCUCAAGCACUCUACCGGACGAUAUUACGCCUUGAAGGCCAUUAAAAAGCACGAUGUCGUCAAACUAAAGCAAGAGAAGCAGAUUCUAAACGAGAAGAACAUUCUGAGAAGCAUCAAUCAUCCGUUCAUUGUGGAAUUGUAUCAUACUUUCCAGAAUGUCACAUACUUGUUCAUGACAAUGGAGUAUGUGGCGGGUGGAGAUUUGUUCUCUUAUUUGAGGAAGGUUCAGCGUUUCGCAGAAGAUGACGCCCGGUUUUACGUCUCUGAAGUUUUGAUUGCCCUCGAAUACCUCCACUCGUACAAUAUUGUAUAUCGAGAUCUCAAGCCAGAAAACAUCCUCCUCGACACAACAGGUCACACCAAGCUCGCCGAUUUUGGGUUUGCUAAAAUCGUCAACAAAACUACACAAUCGUUUUGCGGCACACCAGACUACAUUGCGGCUGAGAUCGUAGCUAACAAACCUUAUAAUAAAGCGGUUGACUGGUGGUCUCUCGGUGUCCUAGUGUUUGAGCUAAUUUCGGGAAAGACUCCUUUCGGGGACGAAUCCUCAGACCGUAUAUACGAAAACAUUCAAGUGGGAAAAAUCAAAUGGCAACCACUUGUCAAGGGCCCCGCCAAAGACCUCGUUAAGCGCCUGCUGGACCUGGAUGUAGACAGGCGACUGGGGUCUAGUGGUGAUGGCGCGGAAAUUCGACAACAUCCGUGGUUCAAAACAUUACAGUGGAAGAAGGCGGAAGCACGUCAGACAACGCCCCCGUUUGUUCCUGCAUGCGACGCUCCUGAUGUGAUUGAACGAGAGCGGGCUGCCCGAGGAGCAAGGGUGGACGAUUAUAUGGAAGUCUUGAAAAGUGGAUCUACCUCUAAUGGGUUCUUAACUACGGAUCCGUUUGUUGAACUUUUCAAGGACUUUUAGGAUGAUAGGACUGUAGUGCAUGUUCCCGUAACUAUGGCCGCUAUUACACAUCAUUUAGUCUAGCAUAGUCCGUAGAAGUUUUCCGUCUCAGGGUCAUAGUUUUUUUUGUAGUAUACCCUUGGGCUAAUAGAAAGACGGUGGUUUAUAUUUUGGGC